CAAGUCAGCCGCCUGCAGCCGGCUGCGGCGCCGCAUGAAGUCGGGUCAUGUCGAACGCACAUUCUCUGUAGUUACUUAGUUUUCACUUCCUGCCAUCAAUCCGAAUUUCAUGCGUCAUCAGAAUCACGUGACUUCAAGCUGGCUUCCCCUUAGCAAUCGCGUCCUUGGAUACCACUAUUGCCACAGAAAGUGGUAGUUAGCUAAAUUAACGGUUUUGUGUAUGAUAUUACACAGAUGGACAUCACAAAAGGAAAUUUAGAUGACAUCUCCCGUCCUGCAUCAAGUGAACGCUCUCGCCCAGGUAGCCGUGUAUCCAGUGUGUCAUUAUCUGAAGUUGUAAGAGUUUGUCCGCGCAGCCCGAUGUCCCUUGUUGUUCUGAGCAGCGAUAGCCCAGAUGCUAGUAUUGAGGACCGUAGCACCAGUUCAGAUGAAAACGAAAACUUUCAUGUUGGAAGUAAUUCCUUUGAAAAAGAUUCCUCCACAGACAUGUUUGAGGAUGAGCGUGAAGACCUGGAGAUCCAAAAGGCCAUCUCUAAAAUGAAAAGACUUGACAAAGUCUUGGCCUUGAGGAUUUCUAAUGAGAAACGAGUCAAGCGCAGGAGUGAAGAGCUCCAUCACACCCUGUGGCAAGAACUGCAGAUAAAGCCCAUACGAUCUUCUGAAAGUGCAGAUGAAGCCCAAAACACACGGAUGUUUUUGUCCCUGACUCCUACCCAUGGUCAUGAAUCCACAGAGAAAGAUCACUUUGUUCCUGUGUUUGGGACACAAGUACCCGAACAAAACUAUGAGGAUGCCACCACACACAUGGAAGGAAGUGAGGAGGAGGGCAGCAACACGCGGUCACCUGAAGGGGGUGAGGAGGAGGGCAGCAACACGCGGUCACCUGGAGGGGGUGAGGAGGAGGGCAGCAACACGCGGUCACCUGGAGGGGGUGAGGAGGAGGGAAGUGUGUUUGGAGUUCUCAGGAGCAACAAGAAACAAGACUUUGUGAAGAAAAACAUUAAGUUGGUGAGCAGUGCAGGAGCCCUGGUUGCCAUGACGCAGCAGGAGAAGACUCGCCUGGCAGAGCUUCUCAAGGACAUCCAGGAAGAGGAGGAGGGUGCUGGGCCAGCAGCCUGGGAGGGAGAAGGGUGGGUGCUGAGGGUUCCAUGUGGCCAGGGCUACACCCCAGAACCAGCCCUGCUAGACCAGCUACUUCACCUCGACGCCAGGCUCCAGCUCCUCCUUCCUGUCGAGGGUUUUCUGUCUGUGAGAAGCCCCUAUCCUGAGCACAACCUGCCCCAGGUGCAGCAGGCUAGCUGGGAGAGCAGGGGGUCCCGGCCCGGAGACAAGGUCCUGCAGGACAGCAGGGAGAGCAGAGACCAGGAGAGGCGCCUUGAACAGAUCCAGCAGCAGCUGGAGAACCUGGGCCAGGGCCAGGAGCGGACUAGUGAGCCCCCAGGCCUGGUGGAGGAGCAGCUGAGGACCCUGCUGGAGGAGUGUGUGCAGGCCCAGAGCAGGAGCUGUACACUGGGGAGUGGCUGCAGGACAGGAGACACCACCCCGGGGGAUUCCUCCAAUGCUGACCGUCUGCUGGGCAGCCAGACCCAGCUCUCUGACACGCUGCUGUCACAGCUUCUCAGAGAUGCCUACACCACCAGCUUCAGUCAGCUGGAGUCCGGGACCACCACCAGCUAGCAACCAGUCCACAACCAGUCCCCAGAUAGACCACCACAUGCCCCCAGACAGACCAUCACAUGUCCCCAGACAGACCACCACAUGUCCCCAGACAGACCAUCACGUCCCCAGACAGACCAUCACAUGUCCCCAGACAGACCAUCACAUGUCCCAAGAUAGACCAUCACAUGUCCCAAGAUAGACCAUCACAUGUCCCCAGAUAGACCACUACAUGUCCCCAGACAGACCAUCAAGCGACGGAUUACCUGGAGGUGUCACACUGUCAAAGACAAAGAUCCCCAGUCUACCUGAGCAGUUAAUAGUUUUAAGUUUGAUUUUGGUUUCAAGGUUUUUACAUUUGUACAUUGUACAUUGUUGUUACUACUGGGAUGAGUGGAUGAUGGAAAAACACAUGAAUCAUUUGAUUAAUCAAAACAAACUCAAUAAUUUCCAGUUAUGCUAUACUGCAAUUUUUUUUUAAUUCUUAUGUCUGUUUUUAUGUAUUUGCACCCUUAGUACCAAUAGACAUUAGAUAAAUGUAAUGUAACAUGUAAACAUCCCUCAUAACCUCAAUUCUAACAGUUGAGGAAGAACCCCAUUGUUUUCAUUAACAUCAGGUUUUAAAACUUUUAAAAGUUAAAAAAAUGAAAGUUUCUAAAGGUAGAAAAAAUAUGUUUGAAAAAAACUUUUACUUUGAAAAAAAAUUACGUUUUUAUUUUAUCUAUGCAUCAUUGAUGAGUACUUGAUGAGGACUCAAAUGUACUCUAUUGUGCUCUUAUUUAAUGAACUCUGUUUUAGGCUUCUCUUUUCUCAUUUUCCCUCUACUCCUGUCUCCUUUCUCUCCUCUCUUCAUUGUGUGUA